AUGGCAGAACUCCUCCUUGGCGAAUCCAAGCUAGAACUUUUCCUGAAGGUGAACCCUCUAAAACAAGGUGCAAGUCCCUGUGGGCCCCGACCAAAAUUAAUUGAAGUCAGGAAACAUCUCACUGCAGCACUUGAUCGUGGAAAUUUAAAGCCAGAGUUCUUACAAGAAGCCCAUUUAGUUAUGGCCAAAUUAAAUUAUGUAGAAGGCGAUUACAAAGAAGCUCUUAAUACAUAUGCUAAAGUGGGAAUUGAUGACUUGCAGCUUGCUGCUGUACCUCCUUAUCGCUUGAGGAUGAUUGCUGAAGCAUAUUCAACCAAAGGUCUUUGUCUAGAAAAACUACCAAUAUCCUCUUCAACGAGCAACCUCCAUGCAGAUCGUGAGCAGGAAAUUAUUAUGUGCUAUGAGAAGGCUGGGGAUAUAGCCCUUCUAUAUCUCCAGGAGAUAGAAAGGGUAAUAAUUACCAAUAUGCAGAACAGAAGUCCUAAGCCUGGGCCUGGAACACAUGAACAAGAACUUGGAUAUUUUUUAGAAACUGGACUUCAGAGGGCCCAUGUCUUAUACUUCAAAAAUGGGAAUUUGACAAGAGGAGUUGGUAGAUUUAGAGAGAUUCUAAGAGCCGUUGAAACAAGAACUACACAAAAUCUACGCAUGACAAUAGCAAGGCAGUUAGCUGAAAUUUUGCUACGAGGCAUGUGUGAACAGAGUUACUGGCACCCUCUGGAUGACCCUCCUCAGCAGUCACCCUUAAACGAUCCACUCUGGAAAGGUGCAAACACUAAAAGUUAUGCACUUAGCAGAAGACCACGGGUGUACUCAGGAGAAAACAUUUUCUGUCCUCAAGAGAACACUGAAGAAGCUCUGUUGCUGCUGCUAAUCAGUGAAUCCAUGGCUAAUCGUGAUGCUGUAUUGAGUAGAAUACCAGAACACAAAAAUGAUCGCAUCAUCAGUUUGCAAAGUGCAUCUGUAGUGUACGAUUUGCUUACCAUUGCCUUGGGAAGAAGAGGUCAAUAUGAAAUGCUGUCAGAGUGUUUGGAAAGAGCUAUGAAAUUUGCCUUUGAAGAAUUCCAUCUUUGGUAUCAGUUUGCACUUUCCUUAAUGGCAGCAGGAAAAUCUGCUCGAGCUGUGAAGGUCUUAAAAGAAUGUAUUCGGUUGAAACCAGAUGAUCCUACAAUUCCACUUCUUGCUGCUAAAUUAUGUAUGGGAACCCUUCAUUGGUUAGAAGAAGCAGAAAGAUUUGCCAGAAUGGUGGUUGAUAUGGGGGACAAAACAUCAGAAUUCAAAGCCAAAGGUUUCUUAGCCCUAGGACUGACCUACAGCCUACAAGCUACAGAUGCUUCUUUGAGAGGAAUGCAAGAGGUCCUACAGCGAAAGGCUCUUCUAGCAUUUCAAAGGGCACACACUUUGUCUCCAACUGAUCAUCUGGGAGCCUUUUAUCUAGCUUUACAGUUUGCUAUUUCUCGACAGAUACCAGAAGCUUUGGGAUACGUUCGUCAGGCCCUGCAGCUUCAAGGAGAUGAUGCUAAUUCUUUGCAUCUCCUUGCCCUCUUGCUGUCAGCUCAGAAACACUACCAUGAUGCUCUGAAUAUCAUUGACAUGGCCUUGAGUGAAUACCCAGAAAAUUUCAUAUUACUGUUUUCAAAAGUCAAAUUGGAAUCACUCUGCAGGGGCCCCGAUGAGGCACUUCUUACCUGUAAACACAUGUUGCAGAUCUGGAAAUCUUGUUACAAUCUUACUAAUCCCAGUGAUUCUGGACGUGGCAGCAGUCUAUUGGACAGAGCCAUUGCUGACAGGCGACAGCUUAAUACAAUCACUCUCCCAGAUUUCAGUGAUCCUGAAACAGGCAACCCUCCAGAUGCUUACUUUCAUGGUUUUUUCUCCCUUUUUUCAGUUUGUUCGGUCCAUGCAACAUCAAUAGCGGCCUCUAGAGUGGAGCAGGCACUAUCAGAGGUUGCUUCAUCUUUGCAGAGUAGUACUCCGAAGCAGGGUCCUCUGCAUCCAUGGAUGACUCUGGCUCAGAUCUGGCUUCAUGCAGUUGGCAGAUCAGAAUGAAGGCCCUCUGCUAAACUGCUUAAAAUGUAGUAUGGUUUGUGUGGAAGAGUACAGUCUAGUCAGUAGAUGAAAACCAACUCUUGAAUUAUGCCCAGAAAUAAAUCCGUAAGUAGUGAAGCUUCUUCAUCUAUUAGGUGUUAUAAAUUUAAAAUGAUUUUGUGUGUAUUAAUUAUUUUAGUAGAUUCUGGAUUUAAAGUUGAUUUAAUAUAUUCAAAUUCAUGUUGAUCAUGGGAGGAGUACAAUUUAAAACAUAAACUAGAUUUAUCAAAACUUACAUAUUUCUCUUUUGAAAAACCAAUAUUGUAACAUGAAUAUAUUUAAGAAUCCAUGUUGUACACGCUGUGAUUUGUUUCCUUAGUUGAAACAUAAAACGAUUAGCGUAUUUGAUUUUCUAGCAUAUCAUCUAUUGAUCAGUGUACUAUUAAACAAGUGUUACUUUAUUGGCAUCAAUUUAAGAUAGCAUGUUAACAAUGUAUAUAUGUAACAAUAAAAAUUCUAUUACGUUUAUUAUCAUUUAAUGCUAAAUUCUGCUGCCAUUGUGCAUAGUUUCAAUAAAGAAGACAACCCAGGACAGAUACUAAGAUUGUCGUCGUCAUCAUCUUCAUCAUCAUAUACUAAACUUGUAUGUCACCCAACUCCCAAUGACUCUGGGCGGUUCACAUGCAGUGACAGUGUUUUCUUUGCAGUAGACAAUGUGAUUCCUCUAAAUUAGCUUUUCCCAUUGUAGCCCUCCACUUUUGGGUAUGUAUAUUGGUGAAGUCUGUUUCUGGACACCUAAACCUGCAUAUAUAUGGGUAAUGUAUAUUCAAAAAGGCUCAGUGACUCAAAACAGCAAGUAGCUCUUCUUGGACCCCUUCUCAUCCCUAUCUAAUUCUUCUUGCAUCAACCUUGAAUAAAGGAGAAGUGUGGUAUACAGUAGUGGAAGUCAUUAGAUAGAAGAGGAGAGUUUAAGCUACUCAUCCAUGAAGCUCACUGGUUCGCCUUGAGCUGGUCACUAAUAUAGCUGCUAAGAUUCUGGAGAUGCAAUAGUCAGAGAGAGGAUUAACAGGAGUGGGAUAUCUAUGUUCCACCCCCAGAAACCCUCAGUAUUGUAACAUUAAAAUUCAGUGGUGAGCCGCCAAAUUACAGUGGCUUAAUUUUGGACCUUAAAAAGAGCAGUAAAACAAAUGCAUUAAAUCUCCAAUAGGCUUAACGUCCCUGAUUUACUUUUAAAAAGCCCACAUAUAUAAAAGGGUUAUUUAUGAACACUUCAGCCAUGCCCUCUGCUAUAGUGUCAUAAAGUCAUUGCUACAUUCUAUGAAAUUCUGGGAGGAAAAAGAAGAAUUCACUAAAAAGAAAUUGAAGCAUUCAGUUCUUUCAGGAGAUCAGAUUCUUUCAGGAGAAAGUAAGAAAGCUUAUUUUCUCCAGCAUUAACUCUCCUGAGUGCCUAAAAGAAUAAUCAGUUCCAUGGAAUAUUCAGCUUGUUGCAGCACUGUAUAAAAUGAACAUUUCCCAAAGGAUUCAGAGAAGUAGACAGGAGAUUCUAUGCAUAUAAUAAGCCCAGGAAUUACUUUAUUGACAGUCAAUUUCUGUUGCACUGACCAGCAAGUAAUACCUCAUUGGCAUUGCAUCUUUGUCUGGUGUGAGCAACCAGGAAAGAAACAAACAGAAAGCCUUUCUGCAGAGAGGUAAAAUGACAAAUACCAUUUAAAAAAUAUCCUUAAAAAUAUUUUUUAAAGUACUGAACUUUCUUUGAUAUACUAGAUUCCAUUUAAAAAAAAUACCCCAUGACGAGUUCCAUCUCAUCUAUUGCUCAGUUAGAAAUAUAUGUUGCUUUUCUGUCACAUUUUAUCUUGUGGCAUGCUGACUUUGAAAGUUUCUUCAUGUUUCACCACAUAUUUUAAGAUACAGUCAUAGUCAAUGCUAAAUUACAUAGAACAUGAGAUCUAUACUUUAUUUUCCAAACAUUUAAUAUUUACUUUAAAGCAAAAUUUGAUAGAAGUAGUGGCAUCAGACUAGACGGGAGUUCAUAUGGUAUUCCAGAUAUACAGUGGUACCUCGGUUCACGAACUUAAUUCG